GAUAGCGCAGCACAAAAUCCAUACUAAAGAGCACACAAGAAAGCGCUUCACUCGUAGCAGUUCACUCGUAGCAGAACGCAGUGAUUAGACGUUUAUUUGCAACUUCUGAAAUAAACAAAGUCGGUCUUCGGUUUAUAUCGCGACUAAAAUGAUUCCUUCUGGCGUGAUGGUGUCAACCUUAUAUGCGCAUGUGGUGUUUCAGAUGGUUAGCUGUGCCAACGCCCAUACCAUUGGCUGUAAUGUUACUCAAUAUCCCAACGGUACAACAACCUAUCACCUCUCAGAGCCCCCACCUUCAAUCAGUUGUGAGACAGAGUGGGCGUAUCCAAAUGGAUCCACGCUGACCUUUAAAGGUGAAACAAACUCAGAUCAGGUCCUGGGUGUGACCAGACAGUCCAUCACUACCACUGUCUGUCUGGGUACCCUGAAGUACACAGUGGACUGUGUAAAGCCUCAGGUGGUGAAUAAAGUAGAAUGUAACUGCACCAUGGAACAUAGCAGACCCUCCCCUAACCCUGACCACAUCAAGGCUGUCAGGCCAGAGCACAAUAUAUGUUUUGGUGAUUGGUGUGUAUCAGGGAUAACAUUUGGGCUUUCCUUUGGGAUAUCAGCUGCUGUCAUCAUCAUCCUGGUUCUCCUCAUUCGCUACAAGAUCCACAUUUACCGAGUGUGCGUGUCUGUUGGACGUUGGGUGAAUGGGAGCACUAGAGAACCCUCUCCUGACCCUGCUCCUGCUCUCAAUGUCAAGUACUCCACUGUGAACCAGCAGGCAACAGUCAUCGUGUGAGAAGGGACCAGGGGGUGAAGGGGAGGAGGGAAAGAGAGAGAGGAGGGAAAGAGGAGGGAGAGAGAACAAGAUGUAGAGGUUAUAGGAGAGGAGGGAAAGUGGUUUGUUUGCUUUGGGUUCGCUUUCAUGGCAAAUGAGAGUAGGUUCUCACCCGGCCAACUUGUUCACUUAAAGGGAUAGUUUGGGAUUUUGGCAACUCCCCAGAGUCAGAUGAAAUUGUGGAUACCAUUUUUAUGUUUCUA